UUUUCACUCCCAAACACCGGAUUUGAGUGGGACCAGGAUAUCAUAUCCGGGCAGCUCCAAAUCCGGGAUCCAAACAGGCCGCAAUGUUCUGUCUAUGAAACGACGCCGGUCAUAACAAACAGCUCCUGCUAUGCGCAUGUGGAGGUCCCCUUGGCCCGUACCCGUUCGUGUAGUCUCCCUCGACGGCUCGAUCCCUGGUAGCUCAGAGCGUCAGACCAACCUCACUACCAGAUCUCUCUCCCUCUCUCCCAAAAUUCAGAUCCAGAAGGCUUUCGAUUCUGUCUGUAACUGAGAGAAAAAAGUCAUCAAAUUAUUGUUCCCUUAAACAGCAAUGGACAAGUCCAGUGCUUUGGACUACAUCAACCAGAUGUUCCCCACAGAGGCUUCCUUAUCUGGUGUGGAGCCACUAAUGCAAAAGAUACAUGGUGAGAUUCGUCGGGUUGAUGCUGGAAUUUUAGCAGCUGUUCGUCAACAGAGUAAUUCAGGAACUAAAGCCAAGGAGGAUCUUGCUGCAGCUACUCGUGCUGUGGAGGAACUUAUGUAUAAGAUCCGUGAAAUAAAAAGUAAGGCUGAGCAAAGUGAAACCAUGGUUCAGGAAAUAUGCCGUGACAUUAAGAAGUUAGAUUUUGCCAAGAAACAUAUAACGACGACAAUCACUGCCCUACAUCGUCUUACCAUGUUAGUCUCUGCUGUGGAACAACUUCAAGUAAUGGCUUCAAAACGGCAAUAUAAGGAGGCAGCUGCACAGCUAGAGGCUGUGAACCAGUUAUGUAGUCAUUUUGAAGCCUACAAAGAUAUCCCUAAGAUCACUGAGCUCAGGGAGAAAUUUAAGAACAUCAGGCAAAUUCUGAAGUCACAUGUGUUCUCUGAUUUUUCAAGCUUAGGUACAGGGAAAGAGACUGAAGAAAGCAAUCUACUUCAGCAGCUUGCAGAUGCUUGCUUAGUUGUUGAUGCCUUGGAGCCAUCAGUAAGGGAGGAGUUGGUUAAGAAUUUUUGCAGCAGGGAGCUUACUUCAUAUCGACAGAUCUUUGAAGGAGCUGAACUAGCAAAGUUGGAUAAAACUGAAAGGAGAUAUGCUUGGAUCAAGCGUCGAUUAAGAACAAAUGAGGAAAUCUGGAAAAUAUUUCCUCCUUCGUGGCACGUUCCUUACUUGCUCUGUAUCCAGUUCUGCAAGUUGACAAGGACGCAAAUUGUGGAGAUCCUUGAUAAUUUAAAAGAGAAACCUGAUGUUGGGACAUUACUACUGGCGCUGCAACGGACUCUAGAAUUUGAAGAAGAGUUGGCUGAUAAAUUUGGUGCUGGCACUCGUAGUAAAGAGGCAGGGAAUGACUUUGAAGACACUGGUGAAACUAACAAUCAAGCUAUUUCAGAUAUUCGGAAGAAGUAUGAGAAAAAGCUUGCUGCACAUCAAGGAAGUGAGAGCAAAGAAAAAGAUGGACAAAAAGAUUUAUUGGUACCAGGAGCUGGGUUCAAUUUUCGUGGAAUUAUUUCAUCUUGCUUUGAACCUCACAUGGUGGUGUACGUAGAACUAGAAGAGAAGACUCUUAUGGAGAAUCUGGAAAAACUUGUUCAGGAAGAAACAUGGGAUAUUGAGGAGGGAACACAGACUAAUAUUUUAUCCAGUAGCAUGCAGGUAUUUUUGAUUAUUAGGAGAAGCCUGAAGCGGUGCAGUGCAUUGACAAAAAACCAGACAUUGUUAAAUUUGUUCAAGGUGUUUCAAAGAGUUUUGAAAGCAUAUGCUACAAAGCUUUUCACAAGAUUACCAAAAGGGGGCACUGGAAUUGUUGCAGCCGCCACGGGUAUGGAUGGACAGAUAAAGACAUCUGAUAGGGAUGAACGGUUGAUCUGUUAUAUCAUUAAUACAGCAGAAUAUUGCCACAAAACGUCUGGUGAAUUGGCUGAAAAUGUAUCCAAAAUAAUUGACCCUCAACUAGUGGAUGCGGUGGAUAUGUCUGAAGUGCAGGAUGAAUUUUCAGCUGUCAUCACGAAAGCAUUGGUAACAUUGGUGCAUGGCCUGGAGACGAAAUUUGAUGCUGAAAUGGCUGCAAUGACACGUAUUCCGUGGGCUACACUUGAAAGUGUUGGUGACCAAUCAGCGUAUAUCAACAGCAUUAAUACGAUCCUUACCAGUAGUAUUCCUGUCCUUGGACGUCUUCUUUCUCCUAUCUACUUCCAGUUCUUCUUAGACAAGCUUGCAUCGUCUCUUGGUCCACGCUUCUACCUCAAUAUUUUCAAGUGCAAGCAAAUAUCAGAAACAGGAGCCCAACAAAUGUUGUUGGACACUCAGGCUAUAAAGACCAUUCUUCUGGAUAUUCCCCCCCUUGGAAGACAGACAUCAGGAGCUUCUAACUACUCAAAAUUUGUUAGCCGUGAGAUGAGUAAAGCUGAAGCUCUCUUGAAGGUUAUACUAUCCCCUAUUGACUCUGUGGCUGAUACGUAUCGUGCACUGCUUCCUGAGGGAACACCUUCAGAGUUCCAGCGGAUUCUGGAGCUUAAGGGCCUGAAAAGAGCUGACCAGCAAAGUAUUCUAGACGAUUUUGACAAACGUGGACCAGAGAUUAGUCAACCACCCCCGGCCCCGCCAGUUCUCCUGGCUGUCCCCACCGCCCCUCCAGCCCCAACCAUUGUAAAUCCAUCUUCAGCUGGUGUUAUUGCCUCAAGAGAAGACGUGCUAACCAGAGCAGCUGCUCUUGGAAGAGGUGCUGCUACAACCGGGUUCAAGAGGUUCCUUGCCCUUACUGAAGCUGCAAAAGACCGCAAGGAUGGGCCUUUCAGGAAACUCUUCAAUCCAUGAGUGAGGAUUUGUUUUCAACCCAACUCGCUUGUUUGAGCUCCUCUUUCUUGUUUGUACAUUUUUGCCCCCUCAGUGCUGAUAUUAAUUACUGCUUUGAUUGCAUAGCAUGUAUAGGAGUGUAUAUCUAAAGAUCAUUCAGGCUUUAGCAGUUCCUGCAGGCUUCUUAUGCUUGCCCUAUUGGUCGCAAUAGACUUUACAAGCUGGAUUUGUGAAUUUGGUGAUAGAAUUGAGUAGUUACGAACCUUGGGUGAUGUUCAUAGGAAACUUGACAUCGGCACCCACCGCAUGUGAGGGGCUCAAGAUCCAACCGGUGCUUUGAGUUCAGUACGACUAUAUAUUCCGAAAAACAGUUUUUGUCUUCUGCUGAUUAAUCAAUAAAAUUGUCUCAUUGACACUUA